ACCAUGACAGUUGGUUUGCUCAUCAACUUUCCUGAUCUACCUCAACAGCUGUACUUCUAAACUUGCAGCCCCUCGGUUGUACAGCGACUCAUAGUGAAUAGGGAGAAGGGGACUUGAAACUAGGACAGAGCAGUCUGGCCCCUUUCCCUUCGAACCAGAGGCACAGAUUUGCGGCAGGGGGAGAGAAGACACUAGUCUUAGGCAGAGAGAGAAAAACAGAGGAGACUUUCUGGGAGGCUUGCUGCAGUCACUGAGGGAAGAAGCCCCUGGGACACAGACUAGUGUGUCCACAUUGCAGAAAAUACAAUUUUAUAGAUUUUUUUUGUUCUCUCAGGGAAAGACUGUUCAGUCAGAUCACCACCUGGAAUCAUGCACAAGCGCACAAAGAUUAAGAUUGCCAUUUUCGUGCUGCUAGUGGGUAUGGCUUGCAUGUUCACAGCGGUGAUAACGGACCACUGGGCAGUGCUCGGGCCAAAGGCGAUCAAAGUCAACGAAACCUGCGAGGCGGCCCACUUUGGCCUUUGGAGGCUGUGCAAGAAGCAACUCUACAUCAGCUCAGAGAACUUUGAGGAGGGGCACGGCUGCGGACCCAUCAGCCUCCCCGGCGUGGAAAACUGCACCUACUUCAGACACUUUACUCCAGGGCAGGAUGCUGAGAUAUUUGAAUAUAAAACACAAAAAGAGUACAACAUUUCUGCUGCAGCCAUCUCCAUCUUCAGUCUGGCCUUCAUGAUCCUGGGCUCUCUGUGUCUAAUCGGCUCAUGCACCGGGAAAGGAAAAGGAAGAGACUACCUCCUCAAACCUGCCGGCAUGUUCUUUGCAUUUGCAGGUCUCUGUUCCUUCAUCUCACUGGAGGUGAUGCGUCAGUCGGUCAAACGCAUGAUUGAAAGCAAGGACACCAUCUGGUUCGAGUACUACUACGCCUGGUCCUUCGCUUGCGCCUGUGCCGGCUUCAUCCUUCUUUUCCUCACCGGCAUUGCCCUCCUCCUCCUCUCCAUGCCCCAGAUGCCCAGGAAUCCUUGGGAGACCUGCAUGGACGCCGAGCCAGAACAAGUGGAGUGACACGACCGGAUGAGACACAGACGGACGAGUGCAGGAAGACAGUGACUGCGUCUGUUGUUUUGAGUACAGAUGUUAGAUUUAUAUCAAGAAGGAAAGUUCAAGCAUUAAAGGGUGAAGGUAAUGGAAACUGGGUUGGAUGUGGAUGGACCAUAUCCAUAAUGGGGGAAGAUCCUCCCUACCAUCAUACAGCAACUUGAAUGUGGGCCUUAUAUAUGUUUGCCUUGUCCUGUACGCCCAACCAAAGUGUAAAAAAAAUAAAAAAUAAAAAAUAUGUCUCAACUCCAGCACCACCUGGUUCAUGUGGACACCAGGCCUCAAAUAUCACCUGUGGCUUUUAAAACCACCAUGCCCCUCAGUAAGAGCAUGGGUUCAAAUGACUGUUAAUCAAGUUUCCAUUGUAAGAUUCUGUUUUAUUCUACAGGGUGUAGCAAAAAAAAAAAAAAACAUUUUGAAAAAUUACCCCCAGUUCAGCAUUUGAUAAUUUUUGGAGUUUUCUUUUAU